AUGGGCCUCCAUGACUCUCGUGAAGAUGUCCAUCAGCAACGGUACUUCUGGCCCGAGAGAUUUUUGGGAAGGAGGAGUAUGGACAGCAACGUGGGUGCAGAGUGGGGUGGCCUCAAGUGUGUGAAGAUUUCGAUCUUGCGCUCUUCACGUACCUUCAUUCUGCGCGCACUGCUUUCGCGACAAGUCUUGACUGCAGAAGGGUUGUACAACUCGACGCCCAUGAUCGGCUCAGAUUGCGGAUCCUACUUUUACAAGCAGGAUAUGGACGUUUCAAGACAAGGUUCAGGAUCACGACGACAGUCACGACACCCAAUGGUUCGGACAGCUCAACGUGGUGAGAUGCGCGGAACGGAAGAAGCUGGUCUGUGCGGUCAGGGCAACGGGAAACAUAAAAUGGAACGUCGAUUUUGGUGCAACCACCCCACCAGCUACAAACCUUUGUCCGAGACUGGACUUGAAUUGGUUGAAGAGUCGGAAUCGCAAGUCAUCGGCUCUACAAUCGCUGCCACUCUGAUUGACAGGAAUGUCGACGAAGUCAAAGGACGACCCGAUUGA